AUGGAUGCCAAGAUCCAUAUGGAGGUAGGAAAUCUUGGGAAAACCAUCAAGGAGGAUAAUAGUGCAUCCUCUCAAGAUCGGGUGAAGGCCAUGAUCUUUAUCCGUCGCCACCUUGAUGAAAGACUGAAGAGCGAGUACCUCACAGUUAAAGAUCCAUUAACACUCUGGAAGGCACUGAAAAAUAGAUAUAAUCACCAGAAAACGGAUUUCAAGACGGUGGCUGAAUACAAUUCUACAAUGUUCGGAAUUAGUUCCCAGUUGAAGCUCUGUGGAGAAACAAUAACUGAAGAAGAUAUGCUAGAAAAGAUUUUCAGCACCUUUCAUGCCUCUAACAUGCUUUUGCAGCAGCAGUAUAGAGAAAGAGGCUUUACUGAGUACAUAUAG